UGGCAAAACGAACUAUUGACUUUUAGUAUUUUUGUUAGUAGUUAUUUACAUAAUCUAUGUCGUGAAAUAUCUUCAUAAUGGGUUGUGAACGAUUGCUACGUCUUAACACAGGAAAACUAAUGCCCAUUAUUGGAUCUCGACUGAACCAGAGGUUAUUGGCCAAGGUGUUUUGAAUGAUCGAUCGAAGUUUUUCAAGUUCAGGGAAAAACAGCGAAGUUUGAUUCUCACUUGUUGGUUUAUUCCUUUGAAGAUGGUAGCCAUAGCCGUAUUCCAACGUAAAUGAACAAUGAAUAAUAAUGUUGGGAACAUACAAGAUACAGGGAGCGAACACUGUUCAAGAAUGUUUGGAUACAGCUCUGUCUGCCGGUUACAGAUCAAUAGAUACAGCUUCAGUGUACAAGAACGAAGAGGAUAUUGGUGCGUCCUUGAAACACCUGCUUCCUAAACAUGGACUCAAGCGAGAAGAUAUCUUUGUCACCUCCAAACUGUCUCCUCGUCACCAUGGGACUGGGACCUGCUAUGAAGCGUGUCUGGAUUCUCUGAGGAGACUACAGAUGGAUUACCUGGAUCUCUACCUCAUCCACUGGCCGGGUGUCCAGAGUAUGAAGCCAGAUGAUGUCAGGCAGCGCGAUCUCCGCAAACAGAGCUGGCAUGACAUGGAGAAGCUGUACAACGAAGGCAAACUUCAUUCCAUUGGAAUCUCAAACUAUGUGGAGCACCACAUACGAGAGCUGCUGGGGUACGCUGCUGUGAAACCAGCCGCCUUGCAGAUUGAGUGUCACCCACACACAAACCAGGCACAGCUCGCAGCAUUGUGCAAGUCGCACGGAAUCCACUUCCAGGCCUAUUCAUCACUGGGAGGAGGUCUAGACAACAUGUUAAUAGAUCUGCCUGUCAUACAGAGUAUUGCUGAAUCGUACAAGAAAUCUACAGCUCAAGUUUUACUGAGAUGGGCCAUUCAACAAGGCUAUGGUGUUUUGCCAAAGUCAAUUCAUCCUGCUCGGAUCAAGGAAAAUAUUGACAUCUUUGACUUUGAACUGAGUGAAAAGGACAUGGAUACUUUAAACAAACUGAACAGUGAACAUCAUUAUGCAUGGAAUCCAGUGAACAUAGUCUGACAUAAAAUUACAACCAGUUUUUGUUCUUAAUGAUAUAUGACAUUUACGUUUGCUCAGAAGUUGUGAUACAAAGGUUUUUGGGCAGCAUUUUGACAAGAUUGACAAAGCAGGGAACCGUUCGUUCGGUAUCACUUUGCGAUUUGCUAUGCAAGUUUCAAACUUUCAGAGAUAGCUACACCAUUCUCAGAUCGUAGUUGCUCAGCAAUAUUUAAAAACCCAAAUAUUUCAUGUCUUUGAAAGAGGUUGUGUGAUACCUGAACAAUGUAUUCAACAGAGGUCUUUAAAGCUCGGAUCAAAGAUGACUAUUGAUGCCCAUCAUUUGCCACUAAUCUGACAGAACAGAUAGAAGAAACAUUAUUUUCGGUUUCAAGCUCUUUGCAGUUUUAUUUUUGCUAUUAAAUAUUUAUACUGA